AUGUCUAUGCUCUCCACUCGUCUCGUCGGCUCCGAGAAGGACCAGCUCGAGGCUAGCUCCUCUGCUUGCCUUGGCGGAGGACACAACUUCGGUCUAGCCAGCCCGCCGCCUUCUCAGACGACGACUUGCUCCUCAAGGACGUCCUGCUCCUCCUCCUCCUGGGCCCAGACCCCGGCGCCGGAGGAGCUCCUCAAUCAACUCUUGUUCAUGUCUCCUCCCUCGCCAAGCACCAACACUUUCGAAGAUCUCUGGUCAGCCUUGGAUCCCAGUGCUGCCUCCAGUUCUUGCUCGUCGGUCGACCCUCUUGCAAGUGUGCAGGCUUCCUUUCAGGAUCCUUCCCCGUCGGGUGUUGCUGCUUCGGCAUGUCCCGACUAUCUGGUGUCUGCUCCCUCUACCUGGGCAUGGUCGUCUUUCGACGCUUAUUCAUCGUCAAUGCCCUCAUCAUCCACCUUGUCCGGCGCGUCUUCUCCUACCUUGGCCCGCUACACUGCACCCGCUGCCCUUCACGAAUCAGCAACUUUGGCUACGGCCAUGCCUCAGAUCGGGUCAGCGUACACUCAGGCGUGGAGCACAAAUUCGGUCCAACAGUCGAUGGCUCAGCAGCCUUACCAAGCCAACGCCGCCCCGACUCCCGCUCACAUUCAGCCUCCCUGUAGCCAGGAAACUGCCAAGUUCUCAUUUGAACGACGCCAGUGGCCUCAAGUAGAAUCGCUCGCCUCCUGGCUCGACCAAGACAUCUGCCCGGACUUUGCCCUUGACACAUCGGCGCAGACGAGCUGCAGUCACACGCGUGCCAGCUCCCCCAAGCUUGCUCCUCGCUCGCCCUCUCAUCGCUCGCGAUCCUCUAGCUCAGCUUUCACCCUCGUUCCUCUCGUCGACCCACAAGGCUUGCUAUGGGCUGCCGUCAUGAUGAAUGGCAUGGCCAAGGGCUUGGCCAAAGGCGGAGCAGAUUCGAGUACCACUGUUGCCUCUCCGGAGUCUGACCAUUCCACUCUGAACGAAGACGACAGCAGUUGCGAGGCCGAGGCGAUGGAUCAGGCUGAGCCUGCAUACGAGGGUGAUGCGGUGUCACCCAGAAGCCGCGCGCUGUCUCCCGAGUCGGCACCGUACGCAUUUGAGUCACUGGCAGCGCUCAACGCUGCGGGUCUCGGCACGGGGCGCGCGCCAAACUGGCUCAUUCCAGGCCACCUUAUGGACCUCCAGCAGAACCUGCUUGCCGCUAGACACGCCAUGUUUGGCAGGUCUCGGCAUGGCGACAAGCCGCGUCCGUCGACCUCAUCAGGGACAAGCCAUGGUGCUUUUCGCAAACAGAAGCUGGAUGCCGUCUUCGCUUCUGCGGCGCGCAGGAGGUCGUAUCCUGCCGAGCAUCGCGAGCGCCGAAGCCGAAGUUCUUCUGCUGCUUCCGAGUCCAAGCCUGACAGCGAAGCCAAGAAUCCCGCCGUUGCGCCGGGCUUGGACAAGACGCUUUGCAUGACCAAGCUGUCACAGACUGUGCCGUCCAGUCAAGCGCCCUCUCGCCCUCGACCUUCUGCCUCUGGUAGCGCCAGUGCCAGUAACAGCUCCACGGCCGAGUUUUCGGUUACAGACUCGAUUGUGCUCCGCCCACGCCCUGGAACGGAUGAUGUCGAGAUCGCCUAUCCUUGCACCUCAAAUUCACUUCAAGACACGCAGAAGAAUCCUGGCCCACCGCUGGACCAGGACUCGAACGGCCAAGAGGCGGUGGAGCAGGUUCAGAACCUCUUCCCCUCGGACCUCUACGCUUCCCGUUUCACUCGUCGUGGCAAGUACGGCCGAGAAGGUUGGUGCUCUCUGUGCCCCCAGGGAGAGUGGUACUCAAUGAAGCGCAGCCAGUACCUCUACCACAUGCAGUUCGACCAUGGCAUCAGCAGCCUUACCAGGCGCUUCUUUCAUCCGCCCCAGCUGCUCAGAGUCUGGAACGACGCCAUGCAAAAGACCGAGGGCUUGUGCCACCAUUGUAAUACCUGGGUCCCCAUCUGCUUUGGGCCCGCGAGGAAGAGGGACUUCAAGGCUUGGUUCAAGCAUGCUAGGAAGUGUCACAGAGAUGACACUGGCUGUCCCAUCUGA